GUCGAGUGGAACCAAAACAGGAGACAAAGAUUGCAAUCCAAGCAGCAGGAGUCGUACCAAAGAAAGCACAGCUUGCAUUUACGUGAGGUAUGGUAACGAUGCAAGCACUGAAGUUUUCCGAGUCUUGCGGUCUUUUGCUGGAGAAGCACCACGAGAAGCCGACUGCAGCUGCUGAUGAAGCUAGCAUCAGGGUCAUCAGAGCCGGCGUCUGUUCUACGGACCUCGAAAUAUUGAAGGGCUAUGUCCCAGGCUAUGACCACAUUCUUGGGCACGAAUUUGUUGGUGUGGUGGAAAGUUGUGCUUCAAGGCCGCAGCUUGAAGGCAAGCGGGUGGUGGGAGAGAUCAACUGUGCCUGCAGUGGUGCUGAGGCUCAUCCAGAUCCGAUCUUCAACAGAAACCAUUCCCCAGGGCGGACGGUCUUGGGCAUUAUUGGGAGAAACGGGACAAUGGCAGAGUACCUGACUCUUCCUGUGGUUAAUUUGCACCUUGUGCCGGAUCAAAUUACGGAUAAGGAAGCAUGCUUUGCGGAGCCCCUUGCAGCAGCGUGCCGGAUUGCCGAGCAGCAGGUGAGUCAAAAAGGGGACAAGGUGGCUGUGAUUGGGGAUGGGAAGCUGGGCCUCCUUGUCGCCCAAGCUCUUGUUGUUCAGGGCCACACCGGGCUUGUGCAUUUUGGCAAGCACGAGCACAAGCUCAGCCUUGUACAGGGGAGCUCUUGGGAGGUGGUGGACGACUCCACAUCCAGCUGUCAUGCACAGGAGUUUGACGUUGUUGUCGAAGCCUCUGGAUCCUCCCAAGGCAUCACUUUGGCAAGCGCCAUGACGCGUCCAAUGGGAACUCUUAUCCUGAAGUCUACGUGCUCGGCACUGAAUGAUCCUGACAUGCCUGUGUGGAGCAACAUUGCCAACGACAUUGUAGUCAAUGAGAAGCGCCUGCAAGGAUCUAGGUGUGGACCCUUUGGGCCGGCUCUUGAAGCCCUGCAGGACGCAAGAUUGAAGCAGCUGUUGGAAAAGAUGGUCACACAGACAUUCCAUAUUUCUGAUGGCGUGAAGGCGAUUGAGAAAGCUCAGACAAAGGGAGUGUUGAAGGUGCAGAUUAUUAUGCAGUGAUGCAUUGCUGCAGAUUUUUCUGUCUUGGCAAGAGCAUAUCGAGUUGCUGCAUCAACCAGUCACACUCAAUGUGUGUCUUGCAUCUCUCUUCUCUUCAUCAAUGUAACAAUCCAAAGAUUUGCAAC